GCACUGGAGACUGAAUUCCUGCUCCCCUGAUCAGCCUUUCUCUUUUCUUCUUGUCGCAGGGAGAAAACCAUUUAGAGCAGUGCCAGAAGGAGACCGAGGAAGUGACUCACAUCAUGCUAGAAAACUACAGCAAGGUGCUGGACCGCGAGGGCAAACUGAGUGACCUGGAUGAAAGAGCAGAGGAGCUUCGAAACCAGAGUUCUGCCUUCAGCAAGACCACAAAGACCAUAGCCCUGCAGCAGCGCUGGAAGAACCGGAAAUGCAAGAUCAUCCUGGCGGCCGUGAUAGUUGGGGCUGUCCUCCUCCUCAUCCUGGCAAUAGUUCUCGCUCUCAAUUUCGGCAGCUCUGGGAACUAGGAGGCUGCAGCAAAAGCCAGCACUGGUGGGAACUGAGUGGGAAUUGAGACAAUUGGAGAAUCUUCUCCACCAGACUCUCCCUUGACUCAGCAUGUUGAUGCUACUU